UUUAUUUUAUCUAUUUUUAAUUAAACAUUUUCUUUUAAAAUAAAAAUAGCUUCCCACACUACACUGCACUAUUCUCAUUUUUGUUUUUGCGUCAAUUUCUUUUCUUUUCUCUAUAUUUAUUACUGUUAAUUUCAUGGAUAAUUAUCUUACUUAAUUUUCCUCUAUUAUUAUUCAGCUUGUCUGGUAAGUUUGAAAGUCAGUCCUUUUUUUUCUUUUCUUCAUUUUGUUAUUGUUUAAUGUUGUAUAAUGCCAUUGUUUGAUCUGACAUUUUAGUUUUUAUGAUCUCAAUUUUCUUUUCUGUUUAUUCAUUCUUUAUUUUGAUGCCAUUGCAAUUUUAUAUGAUUUUUUGGGCGUAAAAUCUUUGCUAAUCUUCUUCACCUUUUAGCUGCAAAUCCAGUAAUGAAUCUGGGUUUUGCAUUUUGUUGUUAAACAAUCUAUAAUUGUUCAUUUUCAGGAGGAAGCACAUUUUGGGGGUUUUGGAGAUUUAUCUUAUAUUUACAGAUAAUGAUUACAUAUGAACAAGAACAUGAUUUUGUUAAUUGGGGAUUGCAACUAUUCAAUAGUGAUCCUUAUGCUAAUUGUGGAUAUGAUGGUGUGGUAACUCAAGAAGAUGAGGAGCAUUACCCUGUAAAUUAUUUCGAGGAUCAUUACGGUGCCGGAGAAUGUUGCAAUGUUGAAAAUGAUGAGGCUAUUGCUCAUACUCUUCAAUUGCAAGAACUGUCACAACUUGCAAUUAUUGAAUCUUCGAACAAAGUGUCUGGUUAUCCACAAGAUUGUGUUGAUCAGUCCAUUGGAGACUUUAGUUCUGGACAGAAUUGUGGUCAGGAAGUGCAAGACGAGACAGGUCGUUCGAGUUCGUGUUCUAGCCCUGAAGAAAAAUUGGUAUCGGAGGUGGACUGGUUAUAUUCAUUGGAGCUAGCAAAUGAGUAUGCACUUGACGGUGAAGUGGGGAAAAGGCUGAAUCAGAUGGUUCCUGUUCCUCAUGUUCCGAGAAUCAAUGGUGAAAUACCCUCGGUUGAUGAAGCAACUUUAGAUCAUCAAAGGCUACUAGAAAGAUUACAGGUCUAUAAUUUGGUGGAGCUUAAAGUUGAAGGAGAUGGUAAUUGUCAGUUCCGUGCUCUAUCUGAUCAAUUUUAUCGAUCUCCUGAGCAUCAUGAAUUUUUGAGACAGCAAGUUGUAAAUCAGCUUAAGUCAUAUCCAGAUAUAUAUGAGGGUUACGUUCUCAUGGCAUAUGGUGACUAUCUGGAGAAGAUGUCCAAGAGUGGUGAAUGGGGUGAUCAUGUAACUUUGCAAGCUGCCGCAGAUUUGUAUGGUGUUAAAAUAUUUGUCAUAACGUCUUUCAAGGACACUUGCUACAUUGAGAUUCUCCCGAAUGUCAAAAAGUCGAAACGAGUUAUAUUUUUGAGCUUUUGGGCAGAGGUGCAUUACAACUCAAUCUAUCCAUUUGGAGAUGUGCCGGGAUUUGGGAUGACGAAGAAGAAGAAGAAAAAAGGGCGAAUGUUUCAGAACAAGCAUUUCGAGUCCCCUGAUGAAUAUCAAUGAAUAUCUCAGAAAAAACGUUUGGAGUGCGUAUUUUCUACCAUAUUUGAUUCAAUGUUUGAUUUUUAAGAGCAAAGACAUUAUCAUCUUGAUUUGUAAAUUUCUUGAAUCCCAAAUCUUGAAAUAAUAAAGACAUAUUUUCUCAA